AUGUUGCCUCCACCUGCUGAAUUUCAGGAGAUGCUGAGGAUUCGGAGAGCCAAUCCCGUUGACGUUUUAAAAGUGCUGGACCUGUCUGAGGACAUGGAGGGUGUAUCACUGGAGGCAGGACUUUGCACCAGCAGAGAAGGCCGAGAGGAAACAGAUCUUGCCUUCAAAAUUGACAAGAAGAUUCAACUAAGUGCACCCACCAACCAGUUCUUCCCUGAGUCUCCAUUCCCGGUGGAUUUCUCAGUGAUGACAACAGUAAGAGCUCGCAAGGGCUCCCAAGUCUUCCUCCUCUCCCUCUACGAUGCACAGGGGACGCAACAGCUGGGCCUGGAAGUUGGCCGUUCUCCAGUCUUCCUUUAUGAGGACCAGGAGGGUCAGCCCCCUCCUGAACUCUACCCAACCUUCAGGAAGAUCAACCUGGCUGAUGGCAAGUGGCACAGAGUAGCCUAUAGUGUCGAGGGCCAGUCGGUGACUCUCUACCUGGACUGUGCCAAGCUGGAAACCCUGGAUCUGCCCAGAGGUACUGACCCCCGGGUCAGCACAGAUGGCGUCACUGUUUUUGGAACACGCCUACUGGAUGAGGAUGUUUUUGAGGGAGAUAUCCAGCAACUGCUGAUCAUUGAUGACCCCAGAGCAGCAGAGACUUAUUGCCAGGACUACAUCCCAGAUUGCCACACCCCCUUGCCAUAUGACAGCAUAUUAAAAGAGGUUGAGGAGGUGGAGAAGUCACACAAGAGACCUGUGGUUGAAGAGUUUGAGGAGUUUGACUACAGGGACCUCGAUGAUUUCUCAGUGUCCACAGUGACUGCAGGCCCUAAUGUGACUGAGUAUGAGAUUAUAGAGUAUGAGGACUAUGACAACACAACGGACGACUAUGAAGUGAGAGAGUAUGAAUAUGAAGAAGAAUAUGAAGAACGCUACGGACCUGCAGAGAGAGAGAGGGAUUACACUUUGAAUGCACUGGACAUACCAGAGAAAGGAGAGAAAGGAGAGCCAGGCCAGUUGGGCCUCGGAACCCACAUAGAAGGGCCACAUGGAUUACCAGGGCCCGUGGGAGAAACAGGUCCAACUGGGAUGACUGGGCCUGUGGGACUUAGAGGAGAUCCUGGAGAACUGGGUCCUCCAGGGAGACCGGGCCUAAAUGGGGCUGAUGGGAUACCAGGUCCUCCAGGAAACAUCAUGCUCAUACCGUUCCAGUCUGGAGGUGAUCCACUGACAGGGCCGAUAGUAUCGGCCCAGGAGGCUCAGGCCCAAGCUAUCUUGCAGCAGACUAAGCUGUCUAUGACAGGACCUCCAGGACCUCUCGGCCUCAGAGGAAGGCCCGGACCACUGGGUUCACCGGGGCCUGCAGGGCUGAAGGGGUCAAGUGGAGAGAUGGGUCCUCAGGGUCCUAGAGGGCUGCCAGGUGCCCCGGGUCAGAACGGACGUCUAGGAAAAAGGGGUCGAGCUGGCACAGAUGGAAACCGCGGCGUAAUAGGGGAAACGGGCGCAAAGGGGGACAGGGGGUUCGACGGCCUGCCGGGUCUGCCCGGUAACAAAGGACACAAAGGGGAGCGGGGGAAGCCAGGCCCUCUGGGUCCGACCGGCAAGCCGGGAGAAAAGGGUUCAGAUGGUCCACCUGGACCAAGAGGACAGCCAGGUGAUGCUGGUUCAAGAGGACUUAAUGGCCCUAGAGGUCACACUGGCCCCACUGGACAGUCUGGUAUGCGGGGGGUCGACGGAGUUCAAGGUUCAAAGGGAAACAUGGGAGCUCCAGGAGACAUUGGAGCACCUGGACAACAAGGAAACCCUGGAAUUCAGGGUUUUCCUGGUCCUCAGGGAUUGGUAGGCUUGCCGGGGGAGAAGGGACCCCAAGGGAAAAAAGGGAUGCAAGGUUUACCUGGAAAUGAUGGGCCACCAGGUCACCCCGGAAGAGAGGGAACCCCGGGAGAGAAAGGACUACCGGGGCCUUCCGGAGUACAGGGGCCUGUUGGAUACCCAGGGUCACGGGGAGUUAAGGGAGCAGAUGGAAUCAGAGGUUUAAAAGGCAGCAAGGGGGAGAAGGGUGAGGAUGGUUUCCCGGGGGCCAAAGGAGAGAUGGGGUUGAAGGGGGAUACUGGAGACAAUGGAUCUCCAGGUAGCAGAGGAGAAGACGGACCUGAGGGGCCCAAGGGUCAGAUGGGGCCUCUAGGAGAAGCGGGCCCUGUUGGUAUCGCGGGAGAGAAGGGUAAAUUGGGAGUUCCUGGUUUGCCAGGAUAUCCAGGGAGACAGGGGCCCAAGGGCUCCGAUGGUUUUGUUGGGUCGCUGGGUGUUCUCGGAGAGAAAGGGAAGAAAGGCCCUGCAGGCCAACCAGGAAGUGCAGGGCAGAGGGGUCCUAAUGGCACAAGAGGUAGCAGAGGAGUAAGAGGGCCAACAGGAAAAUCGGGGGCAAAGGGCUCUUCAGGGCAUGAUGGCCCUCCAGGACCUUCUGGGGAGAGGGGACCUCAAGGUCCACAAGGAAGAAAUGGAGAGUCAGGCCCAAAAGGAGCCACUGGUCCAGGAGGGAAGGAUGGGCUUCCAGGUCAUCCAGGUCAGAGAGGAGAGCCGGGAUUUCAAGGAAAGACAGGACCCCCAGGACCAUCAGGCGUGGUGGGGCCUCAGGGUAAAUCUGGAGAGACUGGCCCAAAUGGCGACAGGGGUCACCCAGGUUCGCCAGGGGUACCCGGAGAACAGGGCUUACCUGGGACGGCUGGAAAGGAAGGUGGAAAGGGUGAUCCAGGUCUCCCAGGGACUGCUGGAAAGAGUGGACCUCCAGGGCUGAGAGGCUUCAGAGGCAGCAGAGGAGCUACCGGAGCUAUGGGUCCUCCUGGUCUUAAAGGAGGAUCAGGACCCACUGGAGCUCAAGGACAGACGGGGGCGAUGGGGGAAAGGGGACCCCCGGGAUCAGUUGGUGCCAUUGGUCAACCUGGACGGACUGGUCAAGUUGGUGGGUCUGGACCAAUGGGAGAGAAAGGGGAGCCAGGGGAUAAGGGUCCAAUUGGACCAGCAGGGCAGGAUGGAGAUCAGGGGCCUGUGGGACCACCUGGAGUCACAGGACCUGCAGGACCCCCGGGGGAUGAUGGGGAUAAGGGAGAAACCGGUGGACCUGGACAGAAAGGCAGCAAAGGAGACAAAGGGGAAGGAGGACCCCCAGGGCCUCAUGGCAGUCAGGGGCCCAUUGGUCACCCAGGAUUACCGGGUUUGGAUGGAGAAGCAGGUCCCAGAGGCCAGCAAGGGAUGUAUGGUCAGAAAGGAGAUGAGGGACUACGUGGUUUUAAGGGCUCCAAAGGACCAAUAGGACUACAGGGUAUGCCUGGUCUUCCAGGAGAAAAGGGAGAGACUGGACAUUUGGGACUUAUGGGACCCCCUGGACAACAAGGUCCCGCAGGUUCCCAAGGACCUGUCGGAGGCCAGGGUCCAAUGGGUAGACCGGGGAUGGUAGGACAGCCAGGCAUUCUUGGUGAGAAGGGAGAGGAUGGGGAAGCCGGAGACCCAGGAGCAGUUGGUCUGUCAGGAGCAUCAGGAGAGAAGGGGGAGCAGGGGGAGAAGGGGGACACUGGUGUCCCAGGAGUUGCUGGUCCUCCAGGAAUUAAGGGGCCUCCAGGAGAAGAUGGCGGCAAAGGCAAUUCUGGCCCCAUAGGUUUCCCAGGGGACUCAGGACAGCCAGGAGAGGCUGGACCUAAUGGUGUGGAUGGGCUGCCUGGGACCAAGGGUGACAUAGGAGACUCAGGAAAAUCUGGCCCGCUUGGAGCCUCAGGGGAACCCGGCCCACCCGGACCGCCUGGACGAAGGGGUCAUUUGGGGAAACCAGGAAAGGAGGGAAAGGCGGGCAUGAAAGGAGCAAAGGGGUCUCCUGGGUUGGAGGGCCUGAUUGGAAAGACGGGGCCUGUAGGAGCCCAGGGAAACUCUGGGAAUCCUGGCCCUCAGGGUUUAAGAGGGAUUCCCGGUCCUGCGGGGGAGCAGGGUUUAAAUGGACCACCUGGCCAGACUGGACCACCUGGCCCAAUGGGCCCAUCAGGAUUACCAGGGCUCAAGGGAGACCCAGGCAGAAAGGGAGACAAGGGCCACGGCGGACUUAUUGGACUGAUAGGGCCACCAGGGGACAUGGGAGAGAAAGGAGAUCGAGGACUGCCAGGGAAUCAGGGACUACAGGGUCCCAAAGGAGAUGAGGGUAUUCUUGGCCCUGCAGGUCCUAACGGCCCCCCUGGUCCUCCAGGCCUAUCAGGCGCCGUCGGUCCAAAAGGCUCUAAAGGAAAUCAGGGCACAAUUGGUCCCAGGGGAGACACUGGGCCAGCAGGCCCCCCAGGACCACCAGGCCUGCCGGCAUUACCAAUCUUAUCUCUGCCAGAGCUGCCAGAGCGAGGCAGGAGGAGGCGAAAUCCUUUCUCGGUGGACGGUGCCACCCUGGAGGAAGAGGAGGAGGAGGAGGAAUUGGGAAAGGAGGAGUGGAUGCAAGCAGACCAGGCUGGGCAGCAAGGGGGGAUGAGGGAGGAGGAGGGGCCAGGCAUGGAGGAGGUGUUCGCCUCUUUGUCCUCCAUGAGAACAGAGGUGGAAGGUCUCAGGAACCCCCUGGGGACCUACCAAAGCCCUGCACGCACCUGCAAGGAGCUUUACCUGCUCAGACCUGAGUUACCUGAUGGUACUUACUGGAUAGAUCCAAACCAGGGCUGCCAUAAAGACUCCUUCAAAGUGUUUUGUAACUUCACUGCACAGGGAGAGACAUGUCUGUACCCAGACAAGAAGUUCCAGUCGGUGAAGCUUGCAGCUUGGAAAGGGGAAAAACCAGGCACCUGGUACAGUAGCUUUAGGAAAGGAAAACAGUUCUCUUACAGUGGGUCAGACGGCGCUUCAAUCCACGUGGUCCAGCUGACCUUCCUCAAACUGCUGAGUGCCACAGCGAAGCAGACUUUUGCCUACCAUUGCCUCAAUUCCGCCGCCUGGCUGCACACCGCUACCUAUGGCCAUGAGCAUGCACUGCGCUUCAGAGGCAGCGAUGGGGAAGAACUGAACCAUGAGAACACACACUACAUCAGCACCCUGUAUGACGGAUGCCAGACUCGCUCAGGGCAGGAGAGGACUAUUUUGGAGUUUGACUCUCCGAUGUCCCACACACUCCCUGUCAUCGACGUGUCUGUGUCCGAUUUUGGAAAGGGGAACCAGAAGUUCGGCUUCCAAGUUGGCCCUGUCUGCUAUAAUGGCUAG